AUGGCUGCAGAGGAACGCUUUGACUUGCGUUGGGGGAUUAUGGCUACGGGGAACAUAGCCUAUACAUUCACCAAAGAUCUCUUAUCUGACCCUACAACUCGUGGCACAACUAAUGUCCACCAUGUUGUGGCGGCCGUGGCGUCGUCGUCUUCGGCUGAAAAGACACGGCAAUUUCUAGAUAAACUCAAUCUUUCGUGUGCUGGGUAUAGUUCAUACGAAGAGCUAGUAGCAGACAGCAACGUUGAUGCCGUCUACGUGGGAACACCACACUCGCAUCAUUUUCAGCAUGUCAUGUUGGCUCUUGAAGAAGGCAAACACGUCCUGUGCGAAAAGCCGCUAACCGUGAAUGCCAAUCAAGCCAAGAUUCUUUGCGAGGAAGCUCGAAAACGCAAGCUCUUUCUCAUGGAGGCUGUAUGGACAAGGUAUUUGCCCUUGACUAUCGACAUAGUGGACAAGAUUCGCCAAGGGACCAUCGGAGAAGUCCUACGAGUGAUAGCCGACACAAGCUUCGGCGACGAAGUAGAAAAGACAUGGGGUACCGAGCAUCGAAUGUUGAACAAAGACCUGGCAGGUGGCGCAUUACUUGACUUGGGGAUCUAUAGCCUCACUUGGGUAUUCCAGUGUUUGUAUCAUACUCUUCCCGAGUCACAGCGAAAGGCCCCAUCUGCAGUGGCAGCCCAAAUGACUCUUAACUAUCUUACCGGAGCUGAUGAAGCUACUUCUAUCCUGCUCACCUUCCCAACAACAACGCCAAACAAUGUGCCCGAGUGGAAGUCUCAGGCCAUCGCAAUGACAAAUCUACGCGUUUCAACAGACCCGGAUGGAAAAAACACUGCCGGGCCAGCCAUCCGUAUCCAGGGCACCAAGGGGGAGAUUCAGGUCGAAGGGCCGUCGUUUCGACCCGAACGAUACCACAUCAUUUCGUGCAGCGACGGAAACGCUCAAAGACAACCCUGUCAUGUUGAACACCUCAUACCUCAGGGUGACAGAGGAAUGUAUUGGGAAGCCGAUGAAGUGGCGCGAUGUGUGAAAGCCGGAAAGUUGUCCAGUGACGGGUUGCCUUGGGACGAGAUGAUUGCUAUUUUGGAAGUGAUGGAUGAGGCUCGUCGGCAAGGAGGCUUAGCAUAUCCAGAGUCAAUCGAGGGAACGCAUUAUUCAGCCAAGCAAUAG